AUGGAGGAGAAGAUUGUGGACCGAGUCAACGCCGACGAUGCCGUUCAUUCGGCUGACGAGAAGCCGUCCCUCGGCGACGGCGACCAUCAUCCUCCGACGUACGAUGUGGCCAUCCUGAAUACCGACUACGAGGGCAAGCCAACUGAGGAAGAGCUGGCUACCCUGCGCCGAGUUCCUGGAAAGCUGCCUACAGUGGCCUACCUCCUCUGUGCAGUCGAGUUCUGCGAGCGAGCGUCCUAUUACGGAUGCGCCCAAAUUUGGACCAACUACAUCAACCGUCCCCUGCCAAAGGGCGGCAAUGGCUACGGAGCAGUGCCGAGUGGAAGCCAAGCCACCCAGGGCGCCCUGGGGCUUGGCGAGCAGGUGGCGAAUGCCACCAGCCAGUCCUUCAACUUACUGGCGUACUGUCUCCCACUCUUUGUCGGGUACCUUGCCGAUACCAGAUUUGGUCGUUUCAAUAUGAUCUUUUGGGGCGUGAUUGUAUGUGGUGUUGGGCACGUGCUCAUUAUUGCUGGCGGCGCAAAGCCGCUUAUGGAAAACGGUACCGCGAAGAUUCCCUUCUUCAUUGGAGUCUAUAUCCUCGCCAUCGGAGCAGCAAUGUUUAAACCGAACGUAUCACCGCUGUUGCUGGAUCAAAUGACUACUCACGUACCAAAGGUCAUCACUCUCAAAUCCGGCGAGCGAGUGAUCCAGGAUCCGGAGCAUAGCACCGAGAGAGUCAUGCUCUGGUUCUAUCUGCUGAUUAACAUUGGCGCCUUUAUGUCGACUGCGACCUCCUAUUCCGCAAGGAAUGUUGGUUGGUGGCUGGCAUUCUUGCUCCCUCUGAUCCUAUAUAUCCCGCUCCCUCUCUUGCUUAUUUGGUUGAAGCCCCGUCUGGUUCACCAUAAGCCCGGUGGCUCUGACUUGCCAAACGUGAUUCGCGUCCUUGGCCAUUGUAUGAGAAACGGAGGGGUCUUCCGCAUCGGCCGAAAAGGCUGGUGGGAUGCCGCGAAGCCGUCUGUCAUUGCGGCGAAGGGUCUAACGCCGGAGACACACUAUAACGAAGCCUUUGUCGAAGAUGUCAAGCGAACGUUGCAGGCUACUGGGAUGUUUUGCUUCUUCCCCGUUCAGUUCUGGAACGACAACGGCAUUGGAAGCUCGGCCAACUUCCUGGGAACCAUGCUUACUGGCAAUGGCGUUCCCAACGAUGUGAUCGGCAACUUCAACUCGCUAAGCAUUAUUUGCCUUGGUCCUGUUCUAAACGUAAGUGAAUCAUUUGACGAGGCGCCCUUUUAA